AUUACCAACCUCCAUUUUUGUGCGUUCAAGAAAUUUAGUAAAUUAAAACCCACAAUUUGAGAAAAAGAAAGAAAAUAAAAAAGCGAGAAAAUUAUCCGAAAUUAGCCAAAGCCGAAAGAUAUUUGCUUUUCCAUUUCUGGCAAAAGAUAAUAGCAUUACUUUCACACUUUGGGUUCUAUCUUUUCACUUUAUUUCUUCAGCUUUGGCUUUCUCCUUGGGGGUUUUGAGCUCGGCGAUUUCUUCCGGUUUCUGCCCAUCUGAUUCUUCCCUGCUUCCGAGAAUUGAGUCGUCGGCGUUUCUUGGCUUCGCGUGGGAACUGCUUUUCUGCUUCAAUUCAGGUACUUGAACGCGGUCUCUCACUGGACAAAUCCCCUUAUAGAGGGUUGUGAAGAGUUUUGUUGAAUGCAAUCAGUAUACACAUCAUGGAGGAUGCAGUGGCUGAGGAAGUGAACCCAUUGGAUCCAGCAGAGGUUGCACAACUCCAAAGGAAAGAGAAUGACUACUCACUAAAAUCUGAAAACGGCAACCCAUUGGAAUGCCAAGAGAUGCGUAUACCAGUUGAGGGUGAUUAUCCCUUAAGCUCGCGACAUGAGAUUUUAGAGAAAGUAGAUAUGGCCGGCUAUGUUAACAAAUUAGAACACCCAUAUGGCGGCCUAGGCUUUAGGAAUGAUGUUGGUUUCAUGGAGGAAGAGCUAACUGUGAGGAAUUACAAUAGUUCAAACCUAGCCAUGCUUGAUACAUCAAACAAUCAAGGAAGAAUGCAAUCUAGGCAGAACCCGCAACAACAUUUAUUUCAGCUAGCAAGUGGAUCAGGAAGUGGGAGUUCACAAGUCAAAACUGCAGUCAAGGAUACCGGGAAGGCAAUUUCAGGUGGCUUGGAGAAUGAGGGGGCCACAUCUUUCCCUGGUUUUUGGAAUAAAAGGGAAUUAAGUGACAAUCACUAUGACGUUGUGGAAGAAUUGACAAACAUUGAAAAUACGGGGGCUUCAGCCAACACUUAUGCAGGUAUUCGGACAAAAAUCCUAUCUAGGCCAGGAUUUUCUGAGUUUUUUGUUAAAAAUACACUGAAGGGUAAGGGUGUCAUAUUGAAGGGUCCCAAUCCUGAGAAUUGUCACAUUGAAUCUAGAAACCUGAAUAGUUUGAAGGUGGCCGGUGAUUCUUUGGUAGCUUCUAAUCCAACAAUGAGUAUGAAUGCAAAUGUCAUUACGCCUUCUUCCAAUGGUGUGAAUGUCGGGCUUAGGGGUGGUGGCUCUAAUCAUGAUGAAAACAGUUUGAGAGAAUGGCUGAAUAUUGGACGUCCUAAGGCGAAUAAAGUUGAAUGCUUGUAUAUAUUUAGACAAAUAGUGGAUCUGGUGGAUAAUUUUCAUUCUAAAGGAGUUUCUUUGCCUGGAUUGCGACCUUCUUUCUUCAAGUUGUUACCUUCAAAUCAGGUUAAGUAUGUUGGCUUACCAGUCCGGAACGAGAUGCUUGAGAGUAUGAGGGAUAGAGAUAUAUCCCUUUCAGAAAAUAAUUCAAUCAGGAAAAAGCAAAAGAUAAUUCAGAACACUAGAUUGCACUGGCCCCAGUUCUCUAGCACUGCCUACUGCAUGCAUGAUAAUGUGAAUACCAGCCACGUCAACAGCACUCGUUUGCAGAACAGAAGUGAUGCAUUUGAUGAACAUAAUCCAAGAACAAGGCAUGAGAUACGUACCAUAUCCACCAAUCCUCAUAUGGAUUAUGCAGCUCAGCGGUUUACUCCAAUAAGCGAGCUAUUGGAAGAGAAGUGGUAUGUUAGUCCUGAGGAACUCAGUGAAGGAAGUUGCACAAUUUUUUCAAAUAUCUACAGUCUGGGUGUUCUUCUUUUUGAGUUACUUGCUCAUUUUGACUCAAACAGAGCCCUUUCUGCCGCAAUGUCCAAUCUGCAGCACAGAAUUCUUCCCCCAAAUUUCCUGUCAGAAAAUGGUAAGGAGGUUGGAUUUAUUAUGUGGCUUCUACAUCCUGAACCAUCUUCACGCCCAACGACAAGGCAAAUUCUACAAUCUGAAGUAGUUAACAGGUUACAGGAGGUUUCUGUAAAAAAAUUGUCAUCUUCUGUGGAACAAGAGGAUGCAGAAUUGGAUUUAUUAUUGCAUUUCCUUAGUUCUUUGAAAGAACAGAAGCAGAACCAUGCUGCAAAUUUGAUGGAAACCAUUGGGUUCAUAGAAGCAGAUGUUGAAGAAGUGGAGAGGAGGCACUCUCUAAGAAAACCCUUGAUUGAUUGUGGCUUGUACGAUGAAUCCCUCAGUGGAAGGAAAUAUAUGUUCGUUAGCAAAGAAGAUUCAAGGUCAGAGGUGCUUUCUCCAUUAUUUCCUGUUCCUAGUUCAAAUGAGUCGAGGUUGAUGAAAAACAUAGAUCAGUUUGAGAGUGCUUAUUUCUCGAUGAGAUCAAGAAUUCAGAUUCCUGAGACUGAUUCUAGAAUACGCAGAGAUAAAGAUUUAUUAAGAACUCGCAAUAAUUGGUAUGUGGGAACAAAGGAUGAAGACAAGGAGACGUGCACUGAUCGACUGGGAGCCAUCUUUGAUGGUUUGUGUAAAUAUUCGCGGUAUAGUAAGUUUGAAGUACGUGGCAUACUAAGAAAUGGAGAUUUCAGCAGUUCCUCUAAAGUAAUUUCUUCUAUGAGUUUUGAUCGGGAUGAAGACUAUUUUGCUACUGCUGGGGUUUCAAUGAAAAUUAAGAUUUUUGAGUUUAAUGCUUUCUUCAACGAUUCUGUUGAUAUUCAUUAUCCGGUGAUUGAGAUGUCAAACAAAUCAAGGAUCACAUGUGUUUGCUGGAACAACUACAUCAAAAGUUAUCUGGCUUCAUCUGAUUAUGAUGGUGUAAUCAAGUUAUGGGAUGCCAGCACUGGUCAAGAGUUUGCUCAAUACACUGAGCAUGCAACGAGGGCUUGGUCUGUAGACUUUUCUCAAGUAUAUCCAACAACAUUAGCCAGUGGAAGUGAUGAUGGUUCUGUGAAAUUGUGGAGCAUCAACGAGAAAAACUGUUUAGAUACCAUCAAGCACGCUGCAAAUGUAUGCUGUGUACAGUUCUCUGCUCACUCCUCUCAUUUGCUGGCCUUUGGGAGUGCGGACUACCGCACCUACUGCUAUGAUCUUCGUAAUACUAAAAUUCCAUGGUGUGUACUGGAUGGGCAUAAGAAAGCUGUAAGCUAUGUGAAAUUUUUGGACUCGGAGACCCUUGUUUCUGCAUCCACUGACAGUACAUUAAAGCUAUGGGAUCUUAACAGAACCAGUAUGAGUGAUCCAUCCACCGAUGCUUGCAGCCUAACCCUUGGUGGGCAUACUAAUGAGAAGAACUUUGUCGGGUUAUCCGUUUCAGAUGGUUACAUAGCAUGUGGUUCAGAAACGAAUGAGGUUUAUGCUUACUAUAGAUCUCUGCCUAUGCCGAUCACUUCACACAAGUUUGGCUCCAUUGAUCCUAUUUCUGGAAAGGAGACUGAUGAUUAUAGUGCACAAUGGGUUUCGAGUGUCUGCUGGAGAGGGAAAUCAGGCAUGGUUGUUGCUGCCAAUUCAGACGGGUGUAUAAAAGUGUUACAGAUUGUUUAAGAAAAAGAGAAGCCCUAGGAAGUAAGUUGGAAUGGAGUCAGAGACUAUGAAAUCUUAGCGCAUCUCGGGUUCUAGCCACAUCCUCGUUUGAUAGGGGCCAAACCGACUAAAUGAUUGAUGGUGUACGUUUUAGCUGCAAUAUAUAGUAUCCGAAGGACAUCAGCUGGUUGUGAAAACACUUGGAAUCUUCAAAUCCGAAGAUUGACAUACCAGCACGAGAGCUGACAAACUUCAAACAGUGCCGUAUUGCAAUAAACAAAGGAGACUUGAGGAUCGGUUUGUGAUACUCGGCUUCAAAAUUUUUUAACUGUGACCGAAUGUGAAAUCAGGGAAGCAGGUUGCAGAUGAAUAUACUCUUGGACCAGGUUUGUCAAUCAUUUUCACACCAGCUAUCACAUAAUGUGGCAAGCCGGUUAGAUCGGAAUGUAUGUGCAGUACAACGCUCUUCUUCGUAAGGAGCCAUAUGACCAAGCCGUUUGUUGGGAAAAACGUCCGGAAAGCAUUUGCAACACUUGCAAAGAAGACGAUCUCGGUUGAGUUGUUUUCAGUAUAUAGUGUAGAAAUUAUGGGUCAUCUGUUGUAAAUUCUCGGCAACUAGAUUUAUAGGACAACCUUGUUUUUGGGAGAUCACAGAAUUGACUUUGUAUCUCAUAUGCGAUUGCGCAAUUAUAUCUUUUAUUUUU